AUGCCUGUACCAAUGCCGAUACCAGGAUCAAUGCCGGUUUCCGGUCCUAUUCCGAUGAAUAUUCCCGCUCCAGGACGAGGCUAUUACCCACCGUAUAUGGGACAGCCAAUGCCGAUGGGAAGACCGAUUCCAGGUCCCAAUCCCAUGAUGCCAAUGAUUCCCCAAGGUGGUCCGGGAAUUCCGAUAGGAGGAGGUGGGGUGGGUGGAACUAGCAUUAUUGUGGAACCCCUAGUAAUCCUUCCAAUGGGAAUCGGAGCUGCAACGGGAACGGGAGUUAAUUCCAAUCCAUAUUACGGAGCAAAUGGCGCCUAUCCGACAUAUAGCAACUAUAAUCCCUACAACACGUCAAUGCAACAAAAGAUCAAGCCAGAUAUAAUGGAAUAA